AACUACCUUCAGACGAGUCCCGUGACACUUGAGUCUUUCCUUACCAUAGAGUGGUCAUAAUAGUUUAGGUCAAACCGUUCGAACAAUGCAGACGUUUUCGCGAGAAGGCAGACGCGUCAAUCGACUAAUGGAUUUCUUAAACGAAGCUGGGAGGAGGGACCUACCUUUUUCAACUGUUUUGGACUAAUUACACCCUGAACACAGACGAAAUGAGACAGCCGAACUUCCCCCCCAGGCGAGGAAACGGAAUCCAUGGACCAGGAAGGAAGGAAUGAAACUAAAACGUUGUUUAGCUUGCUUCACCGACAUAACAAACACAAAUGUCACAUUUGUGGUGAAUUGUGCUAGUUAGAUUAACAUGUAGUCGAUAUGGAAGUUAUUUCAACCUAGCAUGCGUCUUUAUGCGUUAACUUACUAGCGAACUAAUACAUCAUUGACACAUCACAAGCUAGCUAGGCUAACGCGUUAGUCAGCUUUGAAAGGCUGGAAAGUCAACAUCAUACGGGGGAUUUUGCGGUAUUCACUAAUUUGGCUCACUCAAAGAUCAUGUUAAGUAUUUGUUUGUGUUAAUAACCAGAUAAAGUAACUAGCUAGUUAACGGUAGUAGUUAGUUACAGUAGCUAACUAACUUUUUUUUUUAAAGUCGAUUAGUCCUGACGGGCUAUUUGCUAGCGGCUAACACUAGCUAACUAACGCUAGCCUAGCUACGUGUUCCAUGCCAUGGCAAUGGUUUUGUUUGUUUGGAAACUUUCGUCUGGUUUCAUGCUGUUGGUUGUGACCGUGCCAACGAAAUAACGUUAGCUUUGGUUAUUUUUUGAGCUAUCAUGGCUAAAAUAGAGAAUGGUCGCAAGUCGGCCGACUCUAGAAGUAUCAGGACAAUUAGCAGCAGUCAUAUGGACGACGAGAGCUCCCUUGGCUCAGACUCCGAGAUCAACGGCUUCACCAACGACAGGCACACGGAUAAAUAUGGAUUUAUUGGAGGGGCGCAACAGUAUUCAGAAGAAUCGGCUCAGGACGUCCCUCCAGAGGUUUUGAGACAGCGAGAGGUCAAGUGGCUGGACAUGCUCAGCAACUGGGACAAAUGGAUGGUCAAGAGACACAAAAAGGUGAGACUGCGGUGUCAGAAAGGGAUUCCUCCCUCACUGCGAGGCCGUGCUUGGCUCUACCUGUCAGGGGGAAAAGUGAAGAGGGAACAGAACCGAGGGAAGUUCGAGGAGCUGGACAGUCAGGCUGGAGACCCGAAGGAGCUGGAUGUGAUUGAGAAAGACCUGCACAGACAGUUCCCCUUCCAUGAGAUGUUUGUGUCACGGGGGGGCCACGGGCAACAGGACCUGUUCCGUGUUCUGAAGGCCUACACACUGUACAGGCCAGAGGAGGGCUACUGUCAAGCCCAGGCCCCCAUUGCUGCUGUGCUGCUCAUGCACAUGCCUGCUGAGGAUGCGUUCUGGGGGCUGGUCCAAAUUUGUGAGAAGUACCUUCCUGGAUACUACAGUGCUGGGCUGGAGGCCAUUCAGUUAGAUGGAGAAAUCCUGUAUGCCUUGACUCGGCGCGUCUCCCCUUUAGUCUACCGCCACCUGGAAAAACACAAGAUGGAGCCCAUCCUCUACAUGACAGAGUGGUUCAUGUGUGCCUUCUCCCGCACCCUGCCCUGGGCCUCUGUGCUCCGCGUCUGGGACAUGUUCCUCUGUGACGGUGUGAAGAUCAUCUUCCGGGUGGGCCUGGUGCUGCUGAAAUGCAUGCUGGGUACCCGUGAGAAGCUGAAGGCGUGUCAGGGCCAGUAUGAGACCAUGGAGCUGCUGAGGACCAUAGAGCCACGCUACAUGCAGGAGGGCUUCCUAGUCAGGGAGGUUCUGGAGGUGCCUGUGUCAGAGCGGGACGUUGAAAGGGAGCACCAUGUUCAGCUGAAGCGCUGGAGGAAGAACCGUGGUGAGCUUCACUGCAAGUCCCCUCCCAGAAUGCACGGUGCUAGGGCUAUUAUGGCCUCGGAGCCUCCCAGUCGCCAGGACCUGCGUCAGAACCCCACCAUCAUCGUAGAGUCGCCCCUGCCUCAGCCUACACCUCAGCUGAAGAAGGGAGAGAAGAGCAAGGAGGAGAAGAGCAAGAAGAAAGGAAGUAUGAAGAAAGCCCCUACUGUCAUGGAGAUCCCCAACCCUUAUCCUUUAGCCGUUGACCCCCAGAGAGAUCCCCAGCUUCCACUGAUAGAUCCCCAGCUUCCACUGAUAGAUCCCCAGCUUCCACUGAUAGAUCCCCAGCUUCCACUGAUAGAUCCCCAGCUUCCACUGAUAGAUCCCCAGCUUCCACUGAUAGAUCCCCAGCUUCCACUGAUAGAUCCCCAGCUUCCACUGAGAGAUCCCCAGCUUCCACUGAGAGAUCCUAUGCCUACUCUCAGAAACUCAACAGUACAGCAGCCUCUCGUCAAUGACACACCCCUCCCAAACACACCUGAAGACUCUCCACCGCCACACCAACCAACGCUUAACGACCAGUCUCUUCUAACAGUGUCGCCCCUCCAGAAGUCCACACAGAGCCUGAGUAGCAUAGAGGCAGAUCAGGACACAUACCUGUAGCUCUUGCUUUGGGCAGAGGGUGGAACAGCAUGUCUGAAACUGGGCAUGAUGGGUACAAGGUGGAGGAGUGAAUAGUAAAAGAGGAACUGGAACUAUCCCUGUGUUAUCCUGGACAUGACUCACUUCCACAAUGAGUCUAAAUCUGAUGUCACCCAGACACAAAAUGCCUUGCUCUGCCCCAGGCCAGGCAUAUGUGCCCCCUGACCUCUUGUGGGAGAUUCCAGGAUGGCUCUACGGAGGAUGUUCCAGUUGUCAUUGGGACGAUCUCAAUGGCAUACUACUUGCGUCCUCUCUCCUCGUCUCCUUCUCAAAAGCCAUUGGAUGAGAAAGCCAGAGGUCUCUCCCCUCUGACUUUCUCCUCCAGUGGGUUUUGAGAAGGAGAUGAGGAGCGAGACACGAGGAUUAUGACAUUGAGAUCUUCCCAUUCACUCGCUCACUUUAGGCCCUCUGCAUGCCAACCAAGCCCUCUGUCUGUUUACCAGGCACUAGCACAGCUCCGCCAUCAACCUGCAACUGGGUGUGUAUCAUGGCCAAUGGCACUGCUGCCCAACCAUGUGCCACAAUUGUAUAUUUUUCUAUAUAUUUUUUUUCUUCCCUGCUUGCUUUUAAGACACCGUGUUGCCUAGACCACACAGUCAGCAGCAUUCACUAAUGCAUCACUUCUAAGUGUUCUACUACUUUAAUCCAUAUGUUACCUCUUCAUUAUUCUUUACUCUGACUAUUAGUGAUGUGAAAGGGAGACAUGUUACUCAUUUACUGGUAGUGUAGUUAUUGUAUACAUGAUGCAUUCCUUUUUAAACAUGUCAAAGACCACCCAAUAGUGUACCAGGUUCUAGGGUUUUACUCAACCUGCCUUUGUUUGGGCAAAAUGCAUGUUUGUUUUUUAAAAUAUUCAUUCAAAUCUCCAAAUCACCUGUGGUGUGUAAGAAAUAGGAAUGCUUAAGAAAGAGAGCUAUUGUUUAUAGUCCCAGUUAGCCUUGGUGACAAGCAAAGAGUGCUUCCAUUCUUCACCACCAGAGAGCAGCCUUGGUGACAAGCAAAGAGUGCUUCCAUUCUUCACCACCAGAGAGCAGCCUUGGUGACAAGCAAAGAGUGCUUCCAUUCUUCACCACCAGAGAGCAGCCUUGGUAUGUUCUUCCAUCUGUUACAUUCCCCUUCCUAAAAAGGAACGCACAACAAUCUUGUCUCGAAUUUACAAUACGAGGACAUACACUCCCUAUCAAUUCCAUACUUUCAAAGGAACUUCGUUAGCAUGUAAGCAUGUUUUACUUUCCAGUGAAACAUGACGUGUGCAUAAAUCCUCCAGACCAGCAUGACUUGUGACUGUUUAUUCUCCUAGUCAGGUGGUAAUGGGCCUGAUGUCCUGAGACCAGACAAAUCCUCACUGUGCCAGGCUGUUCCAGUCCCUAUGUAGCGUUUAACUCGUGUAAGAUAAGUGGAAGGGAGAGAGGCCUGGACAUUCCUCACAAUAUGACACAUUCCUAUCCUUGGGUUCCUUAAAAGCCAAUUAGUCUUGUGGAUAACAUGCAUAGUCUUCUCUGUAUCGUGUAUGUAUUAAUGCAUGUUUCUAUUUUUAACACUUCUUUGGGGGGGGGGGGGGGGCUGUGUGUGCUAUGCCAGUUAGCUAUGAAGUGUUGACCUCUGCUCCUUGCCUCCGGUGUGCUAGGUGUUCUGGACCUGGCAGGCUAGUUACUGUAUCUCUGUGGUAUUGGAAAGGCGUGAAUGACCUCAUUGCUACACUGAGUGACCGAUCCAGAAGGCGCAAAGAUGUGAUUAGAAUCAUCAGUGAUCCACUUCCUUUUACUAGAUACUUAGUUGUCUCAAUCGCUGCAGAUGGGCAAAGAGGGUUUCUGUACAUGGUGAUUGAGACUUUACUUUUGGGACAUUUUUGGAAUCUUCAUGUUUUGGGAUAACAUGGGAGCCUUUCCAUUUUUAAAUCAGUGUAAUUAAUUUGGGAACGUCGUGAGGCCUGUUAUGAUCCUGCCUUUUCUUUGGGGAAGAAACAAACUAAUUGGACAGUGACCAUAACCUUUUUGAGGAAUUCAGUUUAGCGGGAGCUUAAGGUUUGCACUCAAAGGUGUCAAGUUGAAACAUUCUGUUUACAGCAUGAUGGGAAAUGAUUCAUUAGGGAUUAAGAUGUGCAUGACUCAAUGCACAUCAAGUAUUAUUACACAUCAUUCCACUGAAUCCUGCAAGUGUCUUAUACAAGUCACCUCUAAGACCUCACUAAAAAGCAAUACAAGUUGAAUGGAGAGCAAAUAACAAAGCCUUUCUCCACCUAAGUGCAUAGUGGCCUGUAUUACAUCCCAUUCUGCAGGUAUUCUAGUUGAACUUGAUGCUUCAAAUGUGUAGAUAAGACUAAUUUGUAAAAUGACGUUAUUUUGUAAUGAACAUUUAUUUUUUCAAUUGUUUCCAUGCUACAUAUUGUAUUUAAUAAUCAAAAUCCACCAUUUGCCAUAUCAUGGUAGAUCUAUUUUAGCUAGACAAUUUUGACACUAGUUUCACAGUUUGAAAAGCAAACACAAAAGUCAAUGCUUUCUUCCCUAGAAAUGUCUUCUCAGCAGAAUGCUGGUUUUAAUUGUUCUUCUGGAGAGACCUCUGGGAUUAAUGUCAACCAUCAGUAAAUAUAUCAUAUGUUCUGCAUUUCUCCUAGAAGGGGUUACAUAUUGUUGUUUUUACAAAUAAAAUCACUUUGAUCUUCACCAA